AUGUCGAAACCCCAGGACCGCCACCAUGAUCAUGCCAACGGGCAGCACCACGAAAUCCCUCAAACACAUCUCAGCGCUAUGGGAGGCCACCUCGUUGCCGCCUCGGGCGAGUUCGUCGGCACUUUUUUCUUCCUGUACUUUGCGUACGCCGGCAACAUCAUGGUGAUCAAGCAGGGGGCUUCCUCGGCCGGCGAUGGCACGCUGAGCAGCGAUGGCGUAGUCUUCAUCGCUCUAUCGUACGGUCUCUCUCUGCUGGUCAAUGUUUGGACUUUUUACCGCAUCAGCGGAGGCCUCUUCAAUCCUGCGGUCACUCUCGGCCUUUCUCUCGGCGGUCAAUUGCCGUGGAUGCGGUCCGCUUUCCUCGUGCCGGCUCAGAUGCUGGCCGCGAUGUGCGCCGGCGGACUGGUUGAAGCCAUGUUUCCGGGCCAAGUUUCGCAGGCAAACUCGCUGCUUGGCAUUGGGACAUCUGUUGCCCAGGGACUCUUCCUUGAGAUGUUCUUUACCGCACAGCUCGUCAUCGUUGUUUUCAUGUUGGCCGUGGAGAAGUCUCGCGAUACCUUCCUCGCACCAAUCGGUGUCGGGCUGGCUUUAUUCAUGAUUCUCAUUCCAGGUGUCUGGGUCACUGGUGGCUCCCUCAACCCCGCCCGCAGUUUUGGGUGCGCCGUUGCAGGCAGGUCGUUCCCAAACUAUCACUGGAUCUACUGGCUUGGGCCAUGCAUGGGAGCCGCUCUUGCAGCUGCGUACUACCGAUUUGUAAAAUGGGCUCACUAUGAAGAGGCCAACCCUGGCCAGGAUCUACCAGCAGACCCGAAAGAUUUAGCUGCGGCUAACUCGGGAAACCACGGGCUAUCUCACAGCUUAGUACCCCAUCGUCAUGAAGUCUGA